GUGCGGAUGGGUCAGAAGCGUAGAGGCGGCGGCAAAAUGGCGGCGCCUGAGGAGCAGGAGCUAACUCAGGAGCAGACCGAGAAGCUGCUGCAGUUUCAGGUUUGGAACCACCCAGGAGAUACACAUCUGGCGGUGUCUUUGAGGGAGUUUCCAGAGAGGUUUAACUGAGGAGGGAAGACUGAUCCUGAAUGUGGGUGACACUAUCCCAUGGGCUGGAUCCCAGACUAAAUCAGAAAACAAAUAAAAGAGCAAGCCAGCUGAGCACCUGCAUCCAUCUCUCUGUUUCCCAACUACAGAUGCAAUGAAACCACCUACCGCAUGCUCUUGCCACCAUGCCUCCCCUGCCAUGAGGACUAUAUCACCUCAAGCUGUAAACCAAAUUAAACCAUUCCACCUUGGAUUGCUUUUUGUCAGGAUUUGACUGGUAUAGAAUCUAUGGAUCAAUGUCGACAUACCUUGGAACAGCAUAACUGGAAUAUAGAGGCUGCUGUCCAAGACAGACUGAAUGAGCAAGAGGGUGUGCCAAGUGUUUUCAACCCACCUCCAUCCCGACCCCUACAGGUUAAUACAGCUGAUCACAGGAUCUACAGCUAUGUUGUCUCAAGACCACAACCAAGGGGGCUGCUUGGAUGGGGUUAUUAUUUGAUAAUGCUUCCAUUCCGGUUUACCUAUUACACGAUACUUGACAUAUUUAGGUUUGCUCUUCGUUUUAUACGGCCUGACCCUCGCAGCCGGGUCACUGACCCUGUUGGGGACAUUGUUUCAUUUAUGCACUCUUUUGAAGAGAAAUAUGGGAGGGCACACCCUGUCUUCUACCAGGGAACGUACAGCCAGGCACUUAAUGAUGCCAAGCGGGAGCUUCGCUUUCUUUUGGUUUAUCUUCAUGGAGAUGACCACCAGGACUCUGAUGAGUUCUGUCGCAAUACACUCUGUGCACCUGAAGUUAUUUCACUAAUAAACAGCAGGAUGCUCUUCUGGGCCUGUUCUACAAACAAACCUGAGGGGUACAGGGUCUCACAGGCUUUACGAGAGAACACCUAUCCAUUCCUGGCCAUGAUUAUGCUGAAGGAUCGGCGGAUGACUGUGGUGGGGCGGCUAGAAGGCCUCAUUCAACCUGAUGACCUCAUUAACCAGCUGACAUUUAUCAUGGAUGCAAACCAGACUUACCUGGUGUCAGAACGCCUAGAAAGGGAAGAAAGGAAUCAGACCCAAGUGCUAAGACAGCAGCAGGAUGAAGCCUACUUGGCCUCUCUCAGGGCUGACCAGGAGAAAGAAAGAAAGAAGCGAGAGGAACGAGAACGGAAACGGCGAAAGGAGGAGGAAGUGCAACAGCAGAAGCUGGCAGAGGAGAGAAGGCGGCAGAACUUACAGGAGGAAAAGGAAAGGAAGUUGGAAUGCCUGCCUCCUGAACCUUCCCCUGAUGACCCUGAAAGUGUUAAGAUCAUUUUCAAGUUACCCAAUGAUUCUCGAGUAGAGAGACGAUUCCAUUUUUCACAGUCUCUAACGGUAAUCCAUGACUUCUUAUUCUCCUUGAAGGAAAGCCCUGAGAAGUUUCAGAUUGAAGCCAAUUUUCCAAGACGGGUACUGCCCUGUGUCCCCUCAGAGAAAUGGCCCAACCCCCCUACACUGCAGGAGGCGGGACUCAGCCACACAGAAGUUCUCUUUGUUCAGGACCUAACUGACGAAUGACACUUUUUCUUCCUCCCUCCUCCCACCCAAUCCCUAUAAGAAAUGGAAAAAACAGAAACAGAAAACAAAAGAGAUAAAUUCAUAUUAUUAUUAUAAUACAAUAUUUUUUUUAAAAGACUGCUGCAUCCUAAGGAAGGAUCAGAAACCAUGCUGCCUGCGAGAAUCACAACCUGUGUGCGUGCACAAGGUUAUUGAUGAACAUACCUGCUCGGCAAGCUCACCCUUCCCACAGCCUCACCAUACACCUUCCAACAAGUGGACUCUUCACCUCCAGCCGUCCGUUGUCCCAAGUGGGAAAGGAGACAUUCCCACUAUCUCUCAUUCAUUCUUGCUUUUAUAAAAAAGAAAAAUGAAAACUUCCAUCAACCAGCUACAGCAGCAUCUCCAGAAGACUUGCUUCUCCCACCUCUGGAGGAAGAGGGGAAAGAGAGCACAGAACAGAGAUGUUCCUUGACUGCCCACAGUUUAUGAAUAACUUCAGUGUUUCUGUUGCUUUGUAAUGAUAAUGACCAAAGGAAUGAGGCUGACGUAGGUGUAUUUUUUUCCUUUAUUUGAUAAAGAGCCAAUGCCCUGGGCUCCUUGGCCUACAAUAGUGUAAUAAAGGUGCCCCGGGCUAGUUUGUGCUUAUUUCUGCCAAUUGCUCCUCUCAUGUUCCCAGUGAGGUCAUUGGUUUUGGUCCAAUUCUUGCUGUCCUCUCUUGCCACUUAUGUAUCCCAUUUGGAGCAGUGAGAGGAAAUCUGGAUCUGUGGCCCACAAAGGCUGUAUAUAUUGGUUACACCUGUGUUUGGGAUGUGCACUCAUCUUUACACACAACGUCAAUUUUUCCUUGGAAUCUGUGCCAGGAAGCAGUGAAGGUCUGACCCAGAGAAUAGCAGCUCUUCAUUCCUCUGUGUGUACCUGCUGCUCCUCCCAGCUUUCCUGAAUUGUGAAGCCUGGUGCCUUUCCAGAGGACUAGGGGGCCCACUGUGGUGCUGACAGAAGCACUCUCCCUUCCUGUCUGUCCCAGCACUUGGGAGGCAGAGGCAGGGGGAAAUCAGUGUGAGUUUGAGGUCAGCCUGGUCUACAUAGAACUAGAAGUUUUGAAGAGAAACAGAACUCUCAGCCUGUGUAAGUUGUUGGAAGGCACAUUUCACUUUCUGAUGAAGCCACUUACCAGAGAUAGUUUUUAACCUCCCUCUUGCCAUGUUAAAGUAACAGGAGCUGUUUUUCUUUGUUGUUUUUAAACUCUGAAUGCUGUGAAUGUCUCGUGUAGUUGAGCUGAUGGUGAUGGAUACAUGGUCAGGCCAUGUAUUAACACACAUGCCAGUGUGCACUGACAAGUGUUCUAAAGUGCUUGUUAGUUAGGCUGGUGCAGGCUUGAAACACUGCAGCCCUCUGAGGUUACUUUAAGUUGUGGUAUAUUAUGAGGGCAGGGUAUUCCAGGCAAGAGAAAGCAAGAAAGCAGAGCUUGUUAGAUUGGUCAUCUCUAAAAGCCAUUCGUGCUUGACUAAAACUGCUGUCUGCUGUAAUAGAAAUAUACUGCUGUGCUCCCCACUCUCCUUUUUUGGAGCAAGCAUGAUAGGAUAGAGGGAGAUGGUUUGUGGAAGUCAUUUGGGAAGCCUGAGAGUUUCCAAGUGGCCUUAGCACAGCAGUCUAGAACACCACUUCUAGGCAAUGUUAGUUCUGCUCCUGACUGCCUAGCGGUGCCCCACUGGCUUUCUGCCAAGGUGGGUGGGAACACACACCUGCAUGUCAGAAUUGUUGGCAGUGAAGGAGCAUAGGUGAACUGCAAGUGGAGUCUGCCUCUCACAACCAUGGAGAGGCAUUUUUCCACUUAGCCUCCCUCCCAGUUUUCAGUUUCCAUUGUCCUAGAACACAGGAGGGUGCUGAGGACCUUCAUUAGGUAGAAUACGUGUGGAAGUAUCUUGCCCACACCUGCUUGGGUUGGUUGUGAUUUUUUUGUUUUUCUCCCCCUUAAUCUCAUUCUGUAAUGUGUACUUUUUAUGCCUCUUGCCUUUUAUAACUGAGCAAAGGGUAUUAGAUGCCAGAAUAUUAAAACAAGGCCCCUCUGUUAAUACAACUCUUCCGGCAGCUUAUCCAUUUACUGGAGGCUUCAGUCCCCUCCCCUUGGUAUUUCUCCCAGUUUUUUGAGAUAGGUUCUCAUGUCCCAAGCUGGCCUCAAACUUGUUAUAUAGCCAAGGCUGGCCUUGAACUGACUUUCCUGUCUCUGCCUCUAGGUGUGUGCCACUUCACUGAGCUCUCCUGCCCCUUUGAAACAGUUCUGCUUUAAGUAGACCAUGGGCUGCACAUUUUGUCACUUAAUGCCAAUACUGCCCUCUGUGAGCUUGAUGAACCUGCCAGGGAAAAAACAGAAUCUGUGAUCUGUAAGCAUUUGCUUUUGUUUAAAUUGCCCCUAGAAAUAAUCCAACAGUUGUUUUUGAAGGACAAGUCCUUCAUGAUAAGCAAAAGAACUUGUUUGAAGCUCUGUUCCAUAUUCCCAAACUGAACAUGUAGAUUCAGCUGAAUGACCAUGGGAAAUGAUCGAGCACAGAUACUUGAGUUCAGUUGAAGUUUUGGAGACUCGGUGAGGCCUUUCAUCUUUUCUUCCACUUGUGCAGAGUUGUCUGCAGCAAAUACUUUUCCUCCUUGUUUGCUCCACCAUGAGAUUCAGAGAGGAGGUGGCAGGAGAAUGCCUAUCUCUUUAAAUAAAACCCUAGAAUCUUCAACUGAGCAGUUAUUAUGAAAAUUGCUAAUGGUGCCAAGGCCAACAAAAAUGACUGAGACGGAGUGCUAGCCCCGGGAGGCAAAGCCAGGGAGUUCACCUGGUGCUC